AUGCGGGAGCUGUCCACGCUUGUGGACGAGCACAGGACGCAGGGGGGAAGAGGACAAGGGCACGCGCGCACUGUGGCUUUUGGCCGCGACGUGCCCGUGCUCGCUGCGGCAUCUCCGGCGUCGGCGAGCGCUAGGGAGAGGUCAAGGGUGAUGGGUCGGGGUUACCCCUUCUUCCUCCGCGCGCCGGACACUCCGCCCCCGCGCCGGACAGAUUCCGCCGCCGCCCGCAGCCAGCGGCACGCCGCCGCCGCCCACCGCCCGCAGGCCCGCUCGGCCCACAACCGGCCCCCGAGGCCCAUCCCUCCGCCGCCGCGGCCGCCUCCCGCACGCCCCGCGCCGCCUCCCACCGGCGUCGCUCCUUCGUCCGUGCUCGCCUCCGCCACCGCCCCGCCGUCGCCGGCCACCUCGCCGUCCGGCGCUGGCGACCUCCGCCGCCUCGCCCUCGGCCACCCCCGCCGACCCCGAGCUCCACCGCCUCCCGCUCGCUGGCCGCCUUCUCCGCCGCCCGCCCCGGAGCUCCACCGGUGCCCGAGCUCGCCGCCCUCCACGUCGUGCGCCGCCGUCCUCCGCCGCCGCCGGCGCUCCAUCGCCGGAUUCACGCCGCCCCUCGCCUCCUCCACCAGAUCUGCACCGCCCCAGGGCGCCGGCGAGCGGCAGGGGGCCGCCGGGGCGGUCGAUCUUACAGCGGGGCGAUGGCCGGCGAUGCGAGGCGAUGAGGACGGGCCGGGGCGGCGACGGGACGCGCGCGACGGGGGCGGCAACGACGUACGGGCCGGGACGGGCUGGGGCGGCGCGCGACACGGGGCGGCGAACGACGGGGACGGGCUGUGGGACGGCGACGGGGCGCGCGCGACGACGGCGACGGGCUAG